AUGCUCGUGACAAAGAACCUCGCAGAGCUAUGCGCUCUGUUAAUCGACGACAUCUAUGGCGAACUUCCAUCUCGGAUUUUCGCGACUCUCCUGAGUAAAGGCCGCUCAUCUAUCCCGCAACUUGCGCAGACCACCUCCCUGACUCUCCGACAAAUUCGACACGGCUUAGCCGUGUUGGUCCAGAACAAUCUGGUAUAUUACUACAUCGACAAUGACACAAAAGUGACGACUUACAUAGCCAAUUCCGGCAGUGCGUAUAACCUGAUUCGCGUUGGAAAGAUUUUGGACCUGGUCGAAUCGGUAUACGGUGCCGCUGAGAAGGACGUUUUCCAGAGCUUGCUGCUAUGGGGCCAGACAAAGGUGGCCCAGAUCACAGCCGCUUACGACGAGCAGAUCCAGAGACAUGACAAAUUGAUGGGCUCAGGCUCGGCCGCUGGGAACCUAGCGAAUGGCGACGGUCAUGUCGAAGGAGACAGCGCCAAGAGCUUGGCCAUAAAAUCGAUUGAUGAGCUCAAUGCCGCCUUGGGUCGAUUAGUGGAAGCAGAAUUGGUUGAGGCCGUGACUGCUGUAUCAUUUCGCAGCCCGGAGGAUGCUUAUAAGGACAUUGAAGAAGACAUACUCAGAAACUACUUUCCAAACAGCGUAAGAGGACAAAGGGGCAAGGACGAAUUCGCGCGACUAUUAUCCCAGCGUCUACGAGACGUGAGAGACGCACCCUUGAGCUUGAAGCGUAAGCUGCAGCAGAAUGGCAGCGCCACUAAACGACGCAAGCUUACCAACGGCAAUGCCGUAAAUGGGGUUCAUGAUUCUGGGUCGAAUUUAGUUCUUCCACCGGAAGUUUGUAUUCGCAUUAAUCAGGAGAAGUGUAUGGUGGAACUUCGAAAUAAGCGCCUCGUUCAAGCUGCAUCUGACCUUAUUGGGGAGCCUACUGCCGAGGUCUACGCUGUUCUGCUGCAUUUACUGUGCAAGAGGAUCUCCCGUUGCCACGGCGAUCCCCGGAUUGAGGACUACGAUGAUGAGGAUUUCUAUUCAGAUGGCCUCUCUGUCUCUACAACUGACAUAUUAGACCAUCUGAAAUCCUCUGUUGAUGUCUACUCGGGUGUCGGUCGCAUGGGACUGGGGAAGAUUGACCGAAAGAGUGCAGAGAGAGUUUACGAGCAUCCGCCACAGAAGAUUGUUGCCCCGCCACCCGAGGCCGAGGUGGAUGGCAAUGCGAGUCCAGAUGAAGAUGAGGGCGACUUGGAUCUUAGCAGCGAUUCUGAAAUCGAGGACGCUCGCCCCAAUGGACACCGGUCGUCUGUCAAGCCGGCAUCAAGUCUUAAUGGUAAUAAGGAAGCCAAGGUUCAGUUUGAAGAACCCCCUCCUCCCAAAGAGAAUCGCCUAGAUCAAAUGAAGCAACAUCUUCUACUGCUCGCAGAGUCUAAGCAGGGAUUUGUUCGACAUUGCAAGCGCGGCAGAUGGACAGUGGACUUUGAGCCACUGGUACAGAAUUUGCGGGAGGCUGAGCUCGAUACUGUUAUGGAACAAAGCGUCGGACGAGACGGCCUGCGCCUCGUGCGUAUCCUACGACAGAAGGGCAAGUUGGAUGAGAAAACAUUACCAUCGCUUGCUCUGAUGCCCAAAGGAGACGUCCAAAAGAAGAUGUUGGAGAUGCAGAUGACGGGUUAUGUUGACAUGCAAGAGGUGCCUCGAGACAACAAUCGGACCGCUAGCCGGACGAUAUUUCUCUACUGGACUGAUACCGAGAGAUGUCUCGAUCGGUUGCUGGACAAUACAUACAAAGCGAUGGUUCGAUGCCUGCAGAGGCUAGAAGUGCAUCGCCAGCAAGAUCGAGAGGUGCUUGACAUAGUGCAACGAGAAGAUGUUCGUGGGAGAGAGAAAGAGGUCAUGGAAAAGCGAUAUUACGACAAGUUCGUCAGAGUUACGGAAGUUCAGGAGAAGCUUCUAGGUCAUGUCAUGAGGCUUGAUGACUUGGUUGGACUACUGCGGGAUUUCUGA